CCCGAUGCCCGUUUGGUAAACCCUGGCUCACACUCCGACAAGCGAAGGAAGCCUCGCCCCCCCCCCCCCCCCCGCCGCCGCCAUGAGAGGCCCCAACAGCCGCCGCGCGGCCGCCUCUUCCUCGGCCGCCGUCGCGUCGAUGUCUAGCAAGCGCGACCCUGAGGACGAAUCCGCCACCGCCUCCGAGGAAUCAGGCGACGAGGAGGAGGUAUCUUCGUCGUCGGGGUCGGGGUCGGAGAGCGACGGUGACGAUGAGCGGGAGCGGGAGCUGGAGCGCGCGCUCGCCGAUGUGCCCUUCGGGGAACUGCAGCGCGCGAGAGCCGAUGGGUCGCUCGCCGCGCGGGCUGCCUCUGCCGCCGCCCCGGAGAAGGCUCGCAGGGCGAGCAAGAAGAGGCCGAUGGAGAUAAGUACUAAAGUGCGGCCACCGAGGUUAAGGGAGGUGAUCCAGGUUGCCAAGAAGGUUGUAAGGGAUCCAAGAUUUGAACCUAUACAUGGACCUCUUGACAAAGAAGGGUUCAGGAAGAGAUAUAAUUUCUUAUUUGAUGAUGAAUUCCCUGCCGAAAAAGAGAAACUCCAAAAGAUGAUUAAGAAAUCAAAGGACCCAAACGCCAUUGACGAAAUGAAGAGUCGUGUCACAUGGAUUGAUAAGCAGUUGAAGUCUCAUCCUCAAAAGAACAUUGAAUCAGAAAUCCUGCGUGAACAUAUCAAGAAAGAGAGGGAAGCAGCAAAGACUGGAAAACGACCAUAUUAUCUAAAGAAAUCUGAACUUCGCCAAAGGAAGUUGAUGAAUAAGUACAAUGAGCUCAAGGAGGCAGGAAAACUUGAUGCCUUCAUGGAGAGGCGGCGGAAGAAGAAUGCUUCUAAAGAUCAUCGAUAUAUGCCGUACCGAAGGAAUGGAGAUGGUGCUUAAUAAUGUAUUCAGGCUAAAGGUUGAUAUCAGGGUGUUUUUUUUAUCCAUAAGGAACAGUCAGCGUCCUCCGCUACUUCCGUUGCCCUAGAUAUUCAUCAGCUCCUGAGAGUUAAAGUUGUCCACAAUUUACGUUGAGCUCUGGUUACUAACAUUAACAAGUUUCGCUAAAUUAAACUAUGGAUAUGACUUUUUUA